AUGGAUCUCGGUCAGAAAAAUGAGCCUGAAUUAGAAAAUAGUGAAGAUAAUGAAAUUCAAAGCACAGAAGAAACUGAAUUAAUCUAUACUUGUCCGGAUGGAAGAAGUGAAAAGAAUCAUGUUCAUUGUCUUCUCAAUAUCAGUGACAUUGCACUUGAACAAGACGAAAAAGCCAAAGAGUUUGUCAUCGGCACUGGAUGGGAAGAAGCAGUCCGAGGCUGGGGAAGGAUUUCUCCAACUGCCUGCAUCUGGUCCAAGAAAAAGCUUAAAAACGCAAGAGUGGGAGAAAGUGCCAGCAGCUGCUUACUCUGUGUCAGUCUCUCCCGAAGAAGCCUGGAGGCCAGGCUUCAGUCGGAGGUGGGGAAGUUGGAGUCAGGGGCUUCUGGUCCAGCUGAGGUGGGCCCGGAGAAGGAUGGAGGCAGCCUCUCCCAGACCCUGGCCCCCGCCCCAGGCCCCACCACUGCCUCCAGGGAAGUUAACAAGAUCUGCUCUCCCACUUACAGUCAGGGAGAGAAAAAAAGUCUGCAAAUAAAGGAGUUUAUUUGGCACCUGGAAGACUGGGCCACCCCCGAGACUGUUAGGGGCAAGGACCCCAGAAGCCCUGGCGGCAGAAGCACUGACAGAAGUCCCCCUGUCUCAGACUCCUUGACUUCCAAAGCCCUUUUAGUUCUACCUCCCCUGAAGGCUUCACCCCCAAAUGGCUUGGAUGUUCUGGGUAAGAAGAGUAAGAACUUCAUGCAGCCAGAAGAGAAGGAGCUGAAUGUGGAGAAGGAUGAGGGUGUGGCUUGUGCAUAUGGAGUGAAAACAGUUGACGGGACAGGUGAAAAGAGGCUCACUGAGCUGGCCGAGCACCAUAAGGUCAAGGAAAUGCAGCCUUUCCCCACCCCUGUGGCCUGGACACCCCUGCUGGCUGAUCCCGAGCCCUGCUGCCUGCACUGGUCCCUCCUGCCUGAAAAAAACCUGGCGUGCCCUCCCCACCACCACAACGUUGGCUAUCUUGCCACCUUGCGGCUUUUGCAGAAACAAGGAGCACGGAACUACAAAGCCAAAUACAAAGCUAGGGAGCCAAGACCUCCUGUGAAAACUCCGAAGCGCGUUCUCGCAGAGGCCAAGCAGGAAAACAGGCCCCAAAGGUUGGAGGCCAAAGUGCUCUCAAGACCUCUCUUGCCAUCCCUCACACACAGGAAAAAGAAGAUAAAGUAGGAGAGGGAUCAGUUUUAAAUUCAGUGCUAAGCAGCAACAUGUUUGAUAUGCAAUCAUAAAACAAAACAUUUCACCGAGGACAUGGAAAAAGCAGUGGAUCACCAGAGAGCAAAGAGUAAAAAGCUGCAAGCAGAAGCAGUAAGAAGAUGCCAUGCUUGGAACAAAGUCUUACUGACACAUACUAUGCUAAUCAUCUCACUCCUUUAGG